AUGAAUGGACGUCGUCUGGAGAAAAACAAACCGCGAGCAUUGCUGGAGAAUAAAAAUACUCGGGGAACUCAAGUUAAUUACCGUAGCCACCUGGGUCUGGUAAACGAAAAUUCACGUUCGAAAAAAAAAAACGUAAACGAUUCUUAUCUUACCCGCGAUAUUUCUCCAGCGACUCGUGUUGUUUGUUUGUUGUAUUCCAGUGGUGGCACGAGGUAUAAGGAAUGCAUUUGGGCGCCAGUUGAACCAAAACGUGGAUGGAUUUAA